ACAGUUAUUAAUUUUAUGGCAUAUUUUAUGUUUCAGGAGAGUUAUUCUUGUAGCGAUCUGGAAAAUGAUGGAGAUGACUUCUUGGAAAUAAAGCAUGAGCCCUUGGAAAUCUACAUCUCGGAGGAUGAAAGCGAGAAAAACAUCAGUGGAACCAGCUAUCAUGAUGUGAUGUAUGACAUCAGCCAAGAUAACACACUGGGUCCUGUGAUAAUGACAUGUGAAGGGGCCUACCAGUCUCAGAUCAUGUUCCCAGGCAACACCAGAGCAGAAUCCUACCUUAUGCAGCUGCAGCAGGUUGUGCAGGAGGGUGGAUAUACUCCAGAUCAAGUGUUCUAUGCAAGCAAGACUGGCCUUUUUUGGAAACGUCUGCCCUCCAACACCUUCAUCUCCAAGGUUGAGAUGUCUUCUCCAGGCUAUAAGGCCAGAAAUGACAGAUUUACCCUCCUCCUAUGUACGAAUAUGUCUGGAAACUUAAGACUGAAGCCACUGCUUGUUUAUCACACUGUUAAGCCAAGGGAUCUCAAUGUGACAUCAUACCAGAUGUUGCCUGUACACUGGAGAUUUGACAGAAAAGCCAGUAUGACUACCAUGUUGUUUGAAGACUGGUUUGUUAACUGUGCCAUUCCAGAAGUUUCAGCUUAUUGUAAGAUGAAGAACCUUGAAGAAAAGGCCUUAAUCUUAGUGGACAGUGUUAUUAACCAGCCUGAACUUGUUAAUGAGUUUCAUCCAAAUAUCAAAGUCAUGUUCCUGCAAAGCAAUAUUUCCUCUCUCUUACAGCCUGUGGACCAGGGUGUUAUAGCACAGUUUAAAAGGAUUUAUACCAAGUCCCUCUUGCAGAAGUUGAUGUUCUUCACAGAAGGUAGGGAUGAAGAACUAGUCGAGAGUUUCUGGUCAAACUACAGCAUGAAGGAGGCGCUCUUCAACAUCAGAGAUAGCUGGAUGUCUGUUGAGAUUCCAGUGUUCAAUGAAAUCUGGAGGAGUGUGUGUCCCCACAGCAUCCAUGAUUUUGUUGGCUUCCCUAAUAUCACAAGAGAAAUCCAGGAGAUCAUUGAACUUGCUAACAAGAUUCCUGGUCGGGGCUUUGCAGAAAUCACAGAGGAUGAUAUCAUGGAGCACUUGGAGUCCCAUAUGGAAGAACUUACAGCUGAAGAAGUGGCAGAGCAGGUUAAGGCCUCCCAGGAAGAUGAUGAUGACCAAGAAAUUACUGCAGCCUCAUCUAUGUUGACCUCUUCAGAACUCAAGCAGGUGAUCAAGGUACUCUACGAAACAGAGCAGGUCUUGAUAGAGAAAGAAAGGAACCCCUUCCGAUUGGAACACAGCUUGCCUCAUCUUAAGAGCUUAAAGGCCAUCUACAUUGAUGCUCUGAAGAAAACAGAAAAGAGACAAUCUGGUACUUCAUACUGUAAAGCAUAGGAAGUUCAAUUCUCUUUAGAUAUAAUCAUGGUGAUUCUAGGCCAUUUACACUGAUGCAUUAAAAAAAAAACAAGAGGCUGUCAAACCCUCCACUGACUUUAAAGUAUAGAUUGUUCUUAAGUUAUUUUCAAGGAUUAUAGUUUUGGAAAUUAAAAAUAUGAGAUUUAUUGUGAGGUAGCAUAUAAUAGUUUUAACGAAUGA